AUGUUUUUCCGCAAAUCCUUCAUUUUCUCGCUAUUGGCGAUAUCGCCCCAGGCGUCAGCUACUUCUGCAUGUCGUUGCUUCCCGGGCGAUUCUUGCUGGCCAUCUGAAAGUGCCUGGUCACAAUUCAACAAAACUAUAGAGGGGCGACUAAUUACUACUGUCCCACUUGGCACACCAUGUCAUGCACCGGAUUAUAAUGCUACCACUUGCGCGACAUUGAAAGCUGGAUGGGAACUUCCAGAAGAACAUUACGAAUCGUCAUCUUCAGUCAUGGCACCGUUCUUCGCCAAUGGAACCUGUGAUCCAUAUCACCCUGUUUCGAAGCCUUGCACCCUUGGCAAUUAUGUUCGGUACAGCGUGAAUGUCACUAGCCCAUCUGAGAUUUCAUCCUCCUUGAGAUUCGCAGCAAAACACAAUAUUCGUGUAAUUAUUCGAAACACCGGUCACGACUACAAUGGCAAGUCAACUGGAGCUGGAGCUCUUGCCAUCUGGACCCAUCAUCUCAAGGACCUAGAGAUCCAUGAUUACAAGGAUAAUCACUACACUGGAAAGGCCAUUACUAUGGGCGCUGGUAUUCAGGGAUUCGAGGCUUAUGAGAUUGCAGAUGAGAACAAUCUUCAAGUUGUCGGAGGUGAAUGCCCAACUGUCGGUCUGGCCGGUGGAUAUAGCCAAGGAGGUGGACACUCGGCACUUUCUUCCCGCUACGGGCUAGGUGCCGAUCAGGUGUUGAAAUGGGAAGUUGUCGAUGGCCAGGGCAACUUUAUCACCGCCACUCGAGACAACGAGUAUUCCGAUAUUUUUUGGGCUCUAAGCGGUGGUGGCGGUGGCACAUAUGGAGUUGUCUGGUCAAUGACUUCUAAGGCGCAUCCUGGAACUCCGGUUUCUGGUCUCAACUUGACCUACACAAACACCAAUCUCACGGCGGAUAUCUUCUAUAGCACCAUCGAGAAGUUUCACGAAAAUCUUCCUGCUCUCGUUGACGCAGGUGCUAUGUGUAUCUGGUACUACACCAACACUUCCUUCGCGAUCUCUCCGAUCACUGGCCCUGAUAUUUCUGUGGCCAAGUUGGUGAAGCUUCUUGAGCCCUUCACCACAAGCCUCGACAAGCUGAAAAUCAAGUACACUAUGGCAACAGGUCAGUACAAUAGCUACUACAGCCAGUUCAAGGAUAUGCAAGGUACUAUUGAGGUUGGCAUUGCGCAAUACGGUGGCUAUCUCAUUCCAAGAUCAGUGGUAGAAGACAACAACAAAGCUCUGGUUCACGCUUACCGUGAGAUCACGGAAGCUGGCGCGACUUUCAUUGGUGUGGGCUUGAACGCUUCACACAAAGUUUCAGGAGAUGUCUAUAAUGCGGUCCUCCCUGCCUGGAGGGAUACACUGAUUGACACUACUUUAACCACCCCUUGGGAGUGGGAUAACGAUGCUCUGAUGUUGGAACGUCAAAACCAGAUGACGUAUGAGUUCAUCCCCAAACUGGAGGCACUCGCCCCCAACUCAGGGGCUUACAUGAAUGAGGGUAACUUUAUGCAACCUGACUUCCAAAGGGUCUUCUAUGGCAGCAACUAUGAUGCUUUACGAAAAGUCAAGUCCAAGUACGAUCCUCAUGACAUCUUCUACGCGAAGACCGCGGUUGGAUCUGCCGAAUGGAGAGAGAGGGAAGAUGGCCGAUUGUGCAAAGUGAGCCAAUGGGAAUCCUCAUGGGUGGCAUUUGAUAAGGUAUGA